GCCGCGCGUCCGCCCCAACCCCAAAUGUGACGACGCCGACGACUCGACAUGGUUCUCCUCCUCCUCCCGAGGUGGAUGGCCACCGCGGCGUGCUCGCCGCCGCCGCCAGGUGGUUCCUUCGCCGACCUGCUCGCGUUCCUCUUCCUCUCUCCGUGUCCCCAGCGCGCGCUCCUCGGCGCCGUCGACCUCGCCUUCGUCGUCGCGUCGCUCGUCGUCCUCAUCGCCCGCUGGAGGCGGUCCCGAGGAAGCGGCGGCGGCGGCGGCGGAACGGGGGAUGGACCCGAGCGGGAGGCGCUCCUGCGGAAGCCUCCGCCGUCGGCGCGGCCUUUCCGUGCCGCCGUCCGCUACGCGCUCGCGCUCGGGGCGUCGGUGGUGUUUGCGGCGGCGUCUGCCGUCCUCGUCGUGCUCGCGCUGUUUCUCCUGCCGAGCACGACGUGGCGCGUUGGGGAAUCCGCCUUCCUCGCCGUCCACUUCGUCGCGCACGCCGUCGCCGCGUGGACCGUAGCGUCGGAUAGGGGAGCGGCGGUGGCCGAUGGCGCCCUCCCUGGUCACCUCCGCGUGUUUUGGGUCGUGACGGCCCUCGUCGGCGCGCUUUUCUCCGCUUUGGCCGCCGUCCACUGGGCCGAGGGCUCGCUGCUCUUCCCCGACGACCCCCUCGCCUUCGCCGGCCUCGCCCUCUCGCUGCCUCUGGUGUAUGUAGCCAUCACCUGCUCCUCCGACGAUGUCUCAGGUACGUGCGGAGGCGAACCCGCUAACCAUACCCACGCGGCGGCGCCCGCCACGCCGUACGACGCCGCGUCGUGGCUGUCGCGCGCGACGUUCAGUUGGAUUAAUCCGUUGAUCUCCAAGGGCUACGCCAGUGACUCGCUCGCCGCCGACGACAUCCCGCCGGUGUCACCUGGCCACCGUGCCGAGGCGUCGUACGCUCUGUUCGAGUCCAACUGGCCGGCGCAGGGGUCGCGCCACCCGGUGGGCGUCGCGCUGUGGCUGUCCUUCUGGCCGCGCGUCGUAUUGACGGCGGCACUCGGCCUUGUGCGCCUCGGGGCCAUGUACGUUGGCCCGUCGCUCAUCAACCAUUUCGUCGACUUCAUCCUCCACGGCGGCACGGCGUGGGAGGGCCUCCGGCUAGUCGCCAUCCUUUUCGCAGGAAAGGCGGUCCAGACGCUGGCCUCGCACCACUACAACUUCCAGGGUCAGCUGCUGGGGAUGCGCAUCCGCGGCGCGCUGCUCACGGCGCUGUACCGCAAGUCGCUGCGUCUCUCCACUGGCGCUCGCCGCGCGCACGGCUCCGGCGCCAUCGUCAACUACAUGCAGGUGGACGCCGGGACGGUGUCCUACACCAUGCACGGGCUCCACGGACUUUGGCUGAUGCCGCUGCAGAUCGUGGUGGCGCUUGUCCUGCUGUACGCCUACCUCGGCCCCUCCGUGCUCAUGACGCUCGCCGUGAUCACCGCGGUCACCGUGAUCACCGCGUUCGCCAACAAGCUCAACUUGGCCUAUCAGCUCAAGUUCCUUGGCGUCCGGGACAGUCGCAUCAAGGCCAUCACCGAGAUGCUGAACCACAUGCGCGUGAUCAAGCUGCAGGCCUGGGAGGAGAAGUUCGGUGGCAAGGUGCGAGAACUCCGGCAGACUGAGAUGGGGUGGCUGACCAAGAUCGUUCUCUUCAUGUGCGCCAACAAUGUGGUGUUCUCAAGUGGCCCUCUUGCCAUGACCGUGCUCGUCUUCGGGACAUACCUUGCUGCCGGAGGAGAGCUAGACGCUGGCAAGGUGUUCACAGCCACUGCUUUUUUCUCAAUGCUCGAGGGUCCUAUGCACAACUUCCCGCAGACGAUCGUGAUGUGUAUGCAGGCGUUUGUGUCACUUGGCAGGCUGAACAAGUUCCUGUCUGAUGCUGAGAUUGACAGCACGGCUGUGGAGCGCAUUGAUAGUAGUGCCGAGGAUGCAGCAGCCGUGAAGGUACAGAAUGGAGUGUUUGCGUGGGAUGUGCCAGUCGAUAGUGCAGAUGAUGGCCGUCAGGGCCAUGGUGCAGAGAAUGGCCGAGAGGAGGCGCCAACUAUGGACACGGUGCUGAAUGGGAUCGAGGUAGAGGUGAGGAAGGGUGAGCUAGCGGCGGUGGUUGGGACAGUGGGCUCCGGCAAGUCAUCCUUGCUGUCCUGCAUCAUGGGAGAAAUGCACAAGAUCUCCGGCACGGUUAGCAUAUGUGGAAGCACGGCUUGUGUUGCUCAGACUGCUUGGAUCCAGAAUGGAACCAUUCAAGAGAACAUUUUAUUUGGACAACCAAUGCAUUCAGAGAAAUACAUGGAGGUGAUACGUGCUUGUUGCCUAGAGAAAGAUUUAGAAAUGAUGGAAUUUGGAGACAAGACUGAAAUAGGAGAGAGGGGGAUCAACCUCAGUGGUGGCCAGAAACAACGCAUCCAGCUUGCUAGAGCAGUUUAUCAAGAUUGUGAUAUAUAUCUGCUUGAUGAUAUCUUUAGUGCAGUUGAUGCUCACACUGGUUCAGCUAUCUUCAAGGAAUGUCUGAAGGGUAUACUUAAGAAGAAGACUGUUUUGCUUGUGACUCACCAAGUGGAUUUCUUAAAAAAUGUGGAUACAGUAUUUGUAAUGAAAGACGGGGUAGUCAUUCAGUCUGGGAGCUACAGCCAGUUACUGAUAUCAUGCCCGGAUUUUUCAGCUCUCGUUUCUGCUCACCAUAGUUCGAUGGAGAUGCCAGGGGCAACAGAACAAACCUCUGAUGAUCAGACCACUGUGUAUCCUCAGGCCACCACCGCAUCACCAAAAACACCUGCCAGGUCCAAAUCUAGUAAUGGUACCAGUGUUGCACCGAGCAAAGAAGCAGGUUCAUCCAAACUGAUCCAGGAGGAAGAAAAGGAGAGUGGCCGAGUAAGUUGGCAAGUGUACAAGCUAUACAUAACAGAGGCUUGGGGUUGGUGGGGAGUUCUGGUCAUUUUAGCUGUGACAGUGCUCUCAGAGGGCUCCAGUAUGGCUAGUAACUACUGGCUCUCAUAUGAAACAUCUGGGGGCACAAUAUUUGACACUUCUGUUUUUCUUGGUGUUUACGUUUCGAUAGUUGCUGCUUCAAUUGCAUGCGACGCAAUCAGUACUCUUUUCGUGACAUUCUUGGGGUUUAAGUCAGCCCAGGUCUUUUUUACCAAGAUGUUUGACAGCAUUCUACGAGCUCCAAUGUCAUUUUUUGACACCACUCCUUCUGGGAGGAUAUUAAGCCGGGCAUCAGCAGACCAAAUGAAAAUUGACACUGCCCUUGUAUUCUAUGUUGGUUUUGCUCUGUCAAUGUGCAUUUCCGUACUAAGCAGCAUUGCUGUUACUUGUCAGGUUGCAUGGCCAUCAGUCAUAGCAGUACUUCCACUAGUGCUUUUAAACAUUUGGUACCGGAAUCAUUACAUUACAACCUCUCGAGAGUUAACUCGUCUUCAAGGAGUAACAAGGGCACCAGUUAUUGAUCACUUCUCAGAAACUUUUUUGGGCGCUCCAACAGUAAGGUGCUUUAGGAAGGAAGAUGAGUUUUACCAAAUAAACUUGGACAGAAUCAAUUCGAAUCUGCGCAUGUCCUUUCAUAAUUAUGCAGCUAAUGAGUGGCUGGGUUUUCGACUGGAGUUGAUUGGCACACUUCUACUGUCUAUAACUGCUUUUCUCAUGAUCAGCUUGCCUAGCAAAUUCAUCAAAAAAGAGUUCGUCGGCAUGUCCCUUUCGUAUGGUUUAUCUCUCAACUCAUUGGUGUACUAUACAAUUUCCAUAAGCUGUAUGCUAGAGAAUGAUAUGGUUGCCGUUGAAAGGGUGAAUCAGUACAGUACUCUUCCUUCUGAAGCAGCAUGGGAAGUGGCAGAUUGUCUUCCCUCACCAAAUUGGCCUAGCAAAGGAGAUAUUGACAUUAAAGAUCUGAAGGUUAGGUAUCGAUCAAACACACCUCUAAUCUUGAAGGGUAUUACUAUCAACAUUAACAGUGGAGAAAAGAUAGGACUUGUGGGUAGGACUGGCAGUGGAAAGUCAACUUUUGUUCAGGCUUUGUUCAGGCUUGUGGAGCCUGCAGAAGGCCACAUCAUCAUUGAUGGAGUAGAUAUUUGCACUUUGGGUCUUCAUGAUCUCAGGUCUCGCUUUGGUGUGAUUCCUCAAGAACCUGUGCUCUUUGAAGGAACCAUAAGAAGUAACAUUGACCCAAUUGGGCAGUAUUCUGAGGAUGAGAUAUGGCAGGCCCUUGAGCGUUGUCAGCUAAAAGAUAUAGUAGCUGCAAAACCAGAGAAGCUUGAUGCACUAGUUGCCGAUAUGGGGGAGAACUGGAGUGUGGGACAGAAGCAGCUUCUCUGUUUUGGCCGUGUCAUUCUGAAGCGCAGCCGGAUCUUGUUCAUGGAUGAGGCGACCGCUUCUGUUGAUUCUCAAACAGAUGCAACUAUACAGAGGAUAAUCCGAGAGGAAUUCAUUGAUUGUACGGUCAUCAGCAUUGCGCACCGCAUACCAACUGUCAUGGACAGCGAUAGAGUUCUGGUGUUGGAUGCAGGGUUAGUGAAGGAAUUUGAUGCACCGUCUAAGUUGAUGGGGAGGCCUUCACUUUUUGGAGCAAUGGUUCAGGAGUACGCAAAUCGCUCUUACAGCACAGAGGCGAGCGAUUGAUGACAUGGACAUCAUUAGUCAUAGAUACAAGGCAUACAAGAUAUAUAUAGAACUAAAAAUACUAACUACUGGAAAAAUAAACUCUAGAUGAAACCUUUGGAACUUUGGAGAGAUUAUGUGUUGUAUUCCCAUGUUGUCUCUUGAUACGUCGUCUGUGCAUCGCGAUUUAGUAGUUGCUCUUUGAUCAACACGAAAGGGUCGAAAUUGCAUUUGCUGUUACUGUUUGUAGUACAUAAAGUCUUACAUCUUACACACGAGAUAUUGAAACUUCAAAGGAGAAAUGUUUGCUCUCUGACAUUCCAUUUUGGAUCGGUAACUUCAAUCUUACCUA